AAACAGGAUAAUAGACAGUGAUACGAAAGGCUAAAGAGGAGGCGACGCUGGAAACGAUCGCCGCAGCACUCAUGCUUAUCCAGGAGUAGCCGAAUAAUACCCUAUUGAUUUGGAGUUCUGAUGGCGGCCGCUAAUGUUCUGAAAGGCGGUGGCGCCCUCCUCGUUUCCUGCCGCAAUCAUGCCGGCAAUGUGCUUUCCACGAGCUCAUCUGUCCCAUUUCGCACUGGCAUUAAGACUGAAGGAUCAAAAAGAGGAAUGUUUUGGCGACAUCUCUCCUUUUGCGCCGUGACCACCUCUUCUUCUACUCCAGCAGCAGCACCACCACCACCACCUGCAGAUGCUUCCUCUCCCCCUCCUCCUCUCUCAUCCGAUGACGGUGAUCCUAUAAAGGAUGCGGCAAGCAUGUUGGACAUUAGGGUUGGGCUCGUCCUCAAAGCCUGGAGACAUGAGGAGGCCGAUUCUCUAUAUGUUGAAGAGGUUGAUGUUGGAGAGCCCGAACCUAGAAUCAUCUGCAGCGGCCUUGUCAAAUAUGUUCCUCUUGACCAUCUUCAGGAUAAAAAAGUAGUUGUCCUUGCCAAUCUAAAACCAAGGAACAUGCGGGGUGUCAAGUCAUUUGGAAUGCUUAUGGCUGCUUCUGAUGCAUCACAUGAGAAUGUUGAGCUUCUUGUGCCUCCUGAAGGUUCAAUUCCUGGUGAAAGAAUAUGGUUUGGCUCAGAAGAUGAAAAGCAGAGUCAACCUGCUGCAGCCUCUCCAAACCAGGUUCAGAAGAAAAAGAUAUGGGAACUGGUGCAGCCCCAUCUCAAAACCGAUGCUUCUGGCAUUGUGGUGCUUGGAGUACAUUUGAUGCGGACAUCUGCAGGUGUGGUGGUGUCUAGAUCUCUUAAAAACGCAAAUAUAUCCUGAUUAGAUUGGAUUCUGUGUUACUGAUACAGUUUCUUUAUACCUACCUAUAUGUUUCUUUGGACUAAUCUGGAGUACUGUUGUAGUAGUGAAUUAUCUCAUAUAUAUUGCUGCAAUUUUAGGUUACAAAUUUUAAUUGUCUCAUUUUUGUUCUUAACAUGGUAUGUUGCCUUACCUUUCA